CAUAUCGAUUCGUGGGAUUUUGAGAGAGAGAAAUAGAGAGAGAACUUCAAGUGAGGGUGAGAGUGACACAAAUCUAGAGAGAGCACUAGUACUCUAAAAGUCUAUUAUAUUCUUCAAAAUAUGACCAUGCAUCGCGAGUCUUGGGCUUUUGUCUUCGGCGUUAUGGGCAACAUCAUCUCCUUUGGAGUGUUCCUUGCUCCAUUGCCAACCUUUUACCAAAUCUACAAGAAGAAAUCCACUGAAGGUUUCCAGUCACUUCCUUAUGUUGUUGCACUGUUCAGUGCAAUGCUUUGGAUUUACUAUGCUUUCGUGAAAAGGGAAACUGCCCUCCUUCUCAUUACCAUUAACACAUUUGGAAUUGUUGUGGAGUCAAUUUACCUUUCUAUCUUCCUAAUUUAUGCCCCAAGGAAGCCAAGGCUUACAACCAUCAAGCUUCUUCUCUUACUGAAUGUGUUUGGAUUCGGGGCCAUGCUUCUAUCAACUCUCUACCUGUCAAAGGGAGCAAAGCGUCUUGCUAUCAUAGGAUGGAUUUGCCUUGUUUUCAACAUCAGUGUCUUUGCUGCACCUCUCUUCAUUAUUAGGCGAGUCAUAAAGACGAGGAGCGUCGAAUACAUGCCAUUUACUUUGUCCAUGUUUUUAACCAUCAAUGCUGUUAUGUGGUUCUUCUAUGGCCUUCUCCUCAGGGAUUAUUACGUUGCUCUUCCAAACACGCUUGGGUUUGUCUUCGGCAUAAUUCAGAUGGUGAUGUAUUUGAUGUACAGAAACGCCACCCCAGUGGCACUAGAGGAGCCAGUGAAGGCUCAAGAAUUGAAUGGGCACAUCAUUGACGUUGUGAAGAUAGGAACAAUGGAACCGAAUCACGGUGGUGCUGUUGGCAAAGUCUGAUAUGAUUUCGUCAUUGAGAUUAUAUGAAUGUGGAGAAACAAGGGAUCAAUGACAAGAAAAGUUAAAAAAAGAAAAUAACCUAAUUAAACGUUCAAUUACUUUACUGAGUGAGGUCACAUCUAAUAUCGCUCAUAUCUACAAUGCAAGAAUAGUACGUAGUCUUUGGUAUAAGUGUUUCGUUUGAUUAAUGUAAAGGUGUGGUUUAAAUUUGCCUGUUCGGGUAGCUGUAACUGUUGGGCGCAAGACUUAGCCUCUCUAAUUUGGCCCAUAUCACUCUCAUAUUGUACUACUACGUGUAACGUAGUAUAUUCUCUUUUCUCAGUGUAUCCCCCAGUCAAACUCAUUUUAAUUCACUUUUCCCUUGUAUACGUAAUUAAUGUUCGAGUAAUGAAAAUUAAUUAUUUUAGUAA